AUGGGUGGCUUGCUCCUUCUUCUGGCCUUGAGCGUUGUCAUGGCAUUGGCCUCCUUCUUGGCCGGUGCGCUUCCGCUAUCCAUGACUCUUUCCCAGUCACAGCUUCGGUUAAUCUCGAGCAUUGGGAUCGGCAUCCUCGUGGGCACAUCGCUCAUCGUCAUCAUGCCGGAGGGGAUCGAGGCCAUAGCCUCGCGUGGAGUGUCCUCACACUCGCACAACACUCGCAGUCGAGCACUCUCGAAGGGCCUCGACGUGCGCUGGAAUACCGACCAUGUCCCGAACCUCCACAUAAGCCGCGACGACCACCACGACCACCACAUUUACAUACCCGUCAUCGCCUCUAGGGAAUCGCCUGCUUUUGAUACGGCGAGGAGGGAGGAGUCGCAGAAAGAGUCGGACACGAAAGACGAAGUAAAGCAUCCGGAGGCGACUGCUCCUGAGGGCGGCGAGGAGCAUAGCGAGUCUGAGCUGCCAACCUUCUACAUUGGCUUCUCCCUCAUAUUGGGGUUCGUCCUCAUGUUCUUGAUCGACAGGCUCCCGCGGCAUGCGACCGAGAACUUUCAGUCCCCUCCAGCGACCCGGCACAUCAGCCUCGACAACCUCGCCUCAUCCAAUACGGUCGGUGAUGAAGAGUCGGACAGCUUCUUGGGCUCGCUGGCGCCAACUCCAAAGCAGUCGAGGAGCCUCGCAACCACGACGGGGUUGGUGAUCCACGCGGCGGCCGACGGGAUUGCCAUGGGGGCAUCGGCGACGUCGUCGGACAUGAAACUCGGCUUCAUUAUAUUCUUUGCCAUUAUGAUUCACAAGGCACCAGCAGCGUUCGGAUUGACCUCGGUCUUGCUCAAGCAAGGGCUGUCGAAACGAGCCGCGCGAGGUCACCUCAUCGUCUUCAGCCUUGCGUCGCCGUUUGGGGCCUUGGCAACGUAUCUUGCGAUAUCCCUUAUCGGUGGAGGGAACAUGGAAGGCGAGAGUGGUAAAUGGUGGACUGGAAUGCUGCUGCUAUUCUCGGCUGGGACCUUCUUGUAUGUUGCCAUGCAUGCAAUGCAAGAAGAUCACGGAUUGCAAGGGCAUGACCACCAUUCGAGUGCGAAUGGCUAUUCUGACGCCAGCAGCUCAUCACAGAGGAAACAGGGUAAGCCUCAGAUGCGAGACACGAUUGCUACCGUAAUUGGCAUGCUCUUUCCUCUGCUCGCACAGUUUGGUCAUCAUCAUUGA